AUGGUGGCUCCUCCAGCCAAUCCGCUCAUAACCUCAAAUCUACUCAGCACGCAAUCCUCGCUGAUUCAGACUCUUUGCUCGUUUCUCACUGUCAGCAUACAUCACCUCCUGUAUCUACGCUCCAUCUACCCACGAGCCUCCUUCCUGAGCACUCGAGCCUACAACUUCCCAGCUCGGCAGAACCGGCAUCCCGCAGUCUGUGGCUGGAUCAACUGUGCAGUUGAUGCCGUCCGAGACCAAUUUGAGAAGAACACAGUCGAAAAGGUCGCUGUCUGCAUCUUCGAUGUGGAAAAAAAUGUGGUGCUGGAGAAAUGGGUAUUUGAUCUAGGAACCUUCCCAGUGAUUGAAAAGGUGGAUCGAGAUACGCCAUUUGAGAAACCAGCAGGGGGAAAUGGUGGUCUCCAAGUCAGCCUUCAGAACCGAAUCAACAUAGCGGACCUAGAAGCACAGUUCCGAGCGGUACUGAGCAGGAUUGCCUCAGCAAGCGUCAGACUACAUCCUCUACCUAAGAAUGCUGAGUGUAGCUUUACGGUUAGCAUUGAGAUCCGUGACGAUGCAGAUAGACCUGUGGGAAGGCUUGAAAAAGAGGAACGAAAGUGGAUUGCUGCUGAGCCGGAACCGUGGAACCCUUCAGAAAAUCAGCACGCACAAUCACAGGGAGAUUCAGAAGCGGGAAGCAGGGUGCAGUCAGGCUUGGAUGCUCUUGCGGAACGUGGUAAGACGGUCCCUAUCAGAAGACUUGAAGCAGGUGAGUUAAGGAUGGAAGUCUGGGUUGAAGAGUCAAAGGCAAAGUUCGCUCGAGGAAGCACCACAUCCACACAAUCUUAG